AUGACAGAUUUACAAUCCCUUCACGAAAAUCAUCAAUCCCGGGUUGUUCGAAUUCAAAUGGACAUGGAAAGCAUUGCACCAUCGAGCGAAAAAUUAGAUUUAGAUUUGAGGAACACGAAGAACCGGUACACGUAUUUUCAAGAACUCAGGUUAUUCGUUGAGAACCUGGUCGAAUUUCUCGACGUUAAGUUUCCCAUCCUGGAGAAGUUGGAAAGUGAUUUCCAAAACUUACUAAUCGAAAAGUCGGAGCUUUACAUGAAGAGAAUCGCAGAUGAUGAUUCAGAUGAUUCUACGUUGUUUUGCAAUGUACACUUAG